ACCCCGACGACCUAUUUACCGGUGGUGCGCCCACCGCCCCCGCCUCCCCCCCGGGGCUCGCGCCAUCGACGAAACCCUAGCCGCCAUAAUCAUCGGCGAAGAGCUCCACCUCCACCUCCGAGGGCUACCUCGGAUGCCCCAUCCCCACCUCCCCUCGAUCGCGGCGUCGUCGAAAUGGCUACCCCUCUCAUAGCAGGACUUGCGGUGGCUGCUGCUGCUCUCGCUGGUAGAUACGGAAUUCAAGCUUGGCAGGCAUAUAAGGCUCGCCCAGUUGUUCCGCGAAUGCGGAGAUUUUACGAAGGUGGUUUCCAAGCUACUAUGACUAGGAGAGAAGCUUCUUUAAUCCUAGGAGUUAGGGAAAAUGCGCCUCCAGAUAAGGUCAAAGAAGCGCAUAAGAAGGUUAUGGUCGCAAACCAUCCAGAUGCCGGGGGGAGCCAUUAUCUCGCUUCGAAGAUCAACGAGGCAAAAGACGUGUUGCUAGGGAAGACAAAAGGCGGUGGAUCUGCAUUUUGAUUUUUUUUUUUUUUUUUUUUUCAUGUUUUUCGUCAUAAAAAAAUAUUUAUUGAUGCUCUGAGUUGGAUUUUGACUUAAAACACCAACCUGCACCGGAUGUCGCUUAAACAUAGUUUAGUCAGAAUAUGUACCAUUAAUUUGUUUGGUACUGCUGAAUUUCAGAGAGGUGCUAGUAGUAAAAGACUACAGGAAUUGCUAUGCUGAGACUCAAUUUUGCUUCUGGGUUAUUCAGUGAUUGAAACUAACUGUUUAAUCUAAGUUCAAUCUGAACUAAAUUUUGGAAACA